ACGGGCCGGGCCGCCGCCGAGUGUGGCCGCGGCAGGCGCCGGGGGGAGGCCCCGAGACUCCACUUCCCGGGAGGCAGCGCGGCCCGCGGGGCGGAACUCCAUUUCCCAGCAGGCCACGGGCGGCGGGCGCCGCGGUGCCUUGUGUGGGAUGCCCAGGCCCGCCGCCAUGGGGCUGAAGGCCGCCCAGAAGACGCUCUUCCCGCUGCGCUCCAUCGACGACGUGGUGCGCCUGUUCGCCGCCGAGCUGGGCCGGGAGGAGCCCGACCUGGUGCUCCUGUCCCUGGUGCUGGGCUUCGUGGAGCACUUCCUGGCUGUCAACCGCGUCAUCCCCACCAACGUGCCCGAGCUCACCUUCCAGCCCAGCCCCGCGCCCGACCCCCCCGGCGGCCUCACCUACUUCCCCGUGGCCGACCUGUCCAUCAUCGCCGCCCUCUACGCCCGCUUCACCGCGCAGAUCCGCGGCGCCGUGGACCUGUCGCUGUACCCGCGCGAGGGGGGCGUCUCCAGCCGCGAGCUCGUCAAGAAGGUCUCCGAUGUCAUCUGGAACAGCCUCAGCCGCUCCUACUUCAAGGACCGGGCGCACAUCCAGUCCCUCUUCAGCUUCAUCACAGGCACCAAGUUGGACAGCUCCGGCGUGGCCUUCGCAGUGGUGGGCGCCUGCCAGGCUCUGGGGCUCCGUGAUGUCCACCUGGCCCUGUCCGAGGACCACGCCUGGGUGGUGUUCGGGCCCAACGGCGAGCAGACGGCAGAGGUCACCUGGCACGGCAAGGGCAACGAGGACCGCAGGGGCCAGACGGUCAACGCGGGCGUGGCUGAGCGGAGCUGGCUGUACCUGAAAGGCUCCUACAUGCGCUGUGACCGCAAGAUGGAGGUGGCCUUCAUGGUGUGCGCCAUCAACCCGUCCAUUGACCUGCACACCGACUCCCUGGAGCUGCUGCAGCUGCAGCAGAAGCUGCUGUGGCUGCUCCACGACCUGGGACAUCUGGAAAGGUACCCCAUGGCGCUGGGGAACCUGGCGGACCUGGAGGAGCUGGAACCCACCCCCGGCCGGCCGGACCCCCUCACCCUCUACCACAAGGGCAUCGCCUCGGCCAAGACAUACUACCGGGACGAGCACAUCUACCCCUACAUGUACCUGGCCGGCUUCCACUGCCGCAACCGCAACGUGCGCGAGGCCCUGCAGGCCUGGGCGGACACGGCCACGGUCAUCCAGGACUACAACUACUGCCGAGAGGACGAGGAGAUCUACAAGGAGUUCUUCGAAGUGGCCAACGACGUCAUCCCCAACCUGCUGAAGGAGGCAGCCAGCCUGCUGGAGGCGGGCGAGGAGCGAGCGGAGCAGAGCCAGGGCUCCCCGGGCCAGGGCUCUGCCCUGCAGGACCCCGAGUGCUUUGCCCACCUGCUGCGCUUCUACGACGGCAUCUGCAAGUGGGAGGAGGGGAGCCCCACGCCCGUGCUGCAUGUGGGCUGGGCCACCUUCCUGGUCCAGUCCCUGGGCCGCUUCGAAGGCCAGGUGAGGCAGAAGGUCCGCAUUGUGAGCCGGGAGGCCGAUACGGCCGAGGCCGAGGAGCCGUGGGGUGAGGAGGCCCGGGAAGGCCGGCGGCGGGGCCCGCGCCGCGAGUCCAAACCAGAGGAGCCUCCGCCACCCAAGAAGCCGGCGCUGGACAAGGGCCCGGGGCCGGGGGCCGCGCAGGCACCCCCUCGGAAGCCCCCCGGAACAGUGCCCGGCCCAGCCCGGGCCCCAGAAGGCAGUGGCGCGGCGCCCGUGCCGGCGCCCGCGGCCUCCCCGCCGCCCGAAGGGCCCGUGCUCACCUUCCAGAGUGAGAAGAUGAAGGGCAUGAAGGAGCUGCUGGUCGCCACCAAGAUCAACUCAAGCGCCAUCAAGCUGCAGCUCACGGCGCAGUCACAGGUGCAGAUGAAGAAGCAGAAGGUGUCCACGCCCAGCGACUACACGCUGUCCUUCCUCAAGCGGCAGCGCAAGGGGCUCUGAAGGGCCCUCUCUGACGCCCCCUCCCCCCGCCCUGACUGGAUCCGAGUCGAGGGAGGGGACCCCCCCAGUCCCGAGCUAGGGCCCUGCCCAUCACCCAGCCCCAGAACCCCAGCAGGCCCCAAACUGCCUACCCGGCCUGGCCUCGGUCUCGCGGGCGCCACUGGAACGUCGGGCCCUGGGCAGCUGCUGCUAUUCCCAGCCCUGACCGGUGUUGCUCAGGGGUGCACCCAGCCUGCGUGGCUGGGCGUCAUCCUUCACCCUAGAAGCACAGGUCCGGCCGGACCCCAGAACCUCACCCUGCCCUGCCCCUACAAGUACGU